UUCCAGUGAGACCUAAUCUACCAUCCCCUCCAGCCCCCCCCCCCCCCCCCCCCCCCCACGACGCUGGCCUUCCGCGGACCCUCUCAGCGAUGUGGAGCUGCAUGGCCCACAAUGAGUCAGACGCCAGCGACGCGGACCACCAGCUCUGCCAGGACCUGGGCCUCAUCGUGUCGGCGUUCUCCGUCCUCUACCUCGCCGUGGGCUUCCCCGUGGGCCUGUGCUACAACGCCCUGCUGGUGGCCGUCAACCUGUCCAACAAGGCGUCCAUGACCAUGCCCGACGUGUACUUUGUCAACAUGGCCAUCGCCGGCCUGGUGCUGAACCUGGUGGCGCCCGUUGAGCUCCUGGGGCCGCACUUCACCCACUGGCCCGCCUGGGAGUACAACAACGAGGUGUACAUCACCCUGCUCAUCCUGUUCAACGUCUCCUCCCUGGUGGUCAUGUACUCCACCACGCUGCUCAGCCUGGACUACUACAUCGAGCGGGCGCUGCCGCGCACCUACAUGUCCAGCGUGUACAACACCAAGCACGUGUGCGGCUUCAUCUGGGGCGGCGCCGUGCUCACCAGCUUCUCCUCGCUGCUCUUCUACGUGUGCAACCACGUGUCCACCAAGAUCAUCGAGUGCUCCAAGAUGCAGAACAAGGAGGCGGCCGACGCCAUCAUGAUCUUCAUCGGCUACGCCGUGCCGGCGGCGGCCGUGCUGUACGCCUUCGCGCUCAUCCUGCGCAUCCGCAAGGAGUCCACGCCGCUGGACCAGGACUCGGCGCGCCUGGACCCGUCCAUCCACCGGCUGCUGCUGGCGUCAGUGUGCGUGCAGUUCGCCCUGUGGACGCCCUACUACAUGACGCUGCUGGUGCACACCGUGGUGGGCGCGCCGGGCAACCACAGUGGCGGCGGCGGCGGCGGUAGUAGAAGGCCGGGCCUCACCGUGUACUACUUCCUGCGGUGCUUGGCCGAGCUGAUGGCGUUCUCCAGCAGCUUCGCCAUGCCGCUCAUGUACCGGCAGAUGAACAAGAACUUCUCGCACAAGCUGCAGCGGCUGCUCGCGCGGCUGCACUGCGGCCGCGCGCGCGCCUGCCCCCACGAACGCUCCGCCGUGCAGCAGGUGGUCACGUGAGGUUCCCCGCUCCGAGACCGGUCCGAUCCCACCAAGCCCACCCCAUCCCCCUCUCCCCCCCCAACCCCCCAGUCUCUCUUUGGACUAGCCGGCACUUAUCCCCAUCCCCCCCCACCCCCCCC